AUGCUUCGCUUUGCAAAUCCUCUCUUAAGACAUGUCAUUCACAGGAAUCGUUUUGACAGCAUUGUGAGGAGGCAGUGUCUCCAUUACAUAAAAACUCUAAGAAGCCUACAAUCUGAUGGAUUUAAAACCAUCUUUUUAGGGGAAACAGAUAUCCCUGAACAUCUUGUCACAGGAGAAAGCCUGGAUGAUGAAAAUUUCAUACAUAACCCAACAUGGAGUGUUGUACAUGCUGGAAGCAGUCUAGGAUGGGUUCCUUGGAAAUACCGAAUGUUCCUGAGAGAUGAGCUAUGUAACAGACAGGAAGAGGGUCUCUUCCUUGAAUUCUGCAGUGUGGUGAAAAAGGUCUAUGGAAAAUGUGUCAUCGUGGUCAGAGACAAAAAACUGAUAAAUGAAAGGAUGCAGAAUGAAGUAAGAGAGGACAAAGAAGUUCACCCUUACACUUCAUCAGUUAUUAAUUUAACCAGCAUUUCAUGUUGUUCUGAGAUAGCCAGAGCUAAUGGCCAUGAGCUUCUUCCUCUUCCAUCCCCUUACAAUUACCUAAAUCCUUUGGAUGCUGCCUGGUCUUCUCUGAAAUGGUUUAUCAUCAACAACAGGAAGGAAUUUUGUUUGUGGUCCAUUGACAACAUCUAUUCUUACCAGUAUAUACUUUUCAGUGACUUGAUUGGGAAAGGAAUUGAGAGGGUGACCCCAAUCAAAUGGAAAACAGUCAUCAACAAAGUUCGAAGAUGGGAAAACUACUAUCUAGGUAAAUGCUCCUGA